AUGAGCAGCAGCGAUAAACGGUCAAGCGCGGAGUAUGCGCCGGUUGAGGAAGAUGAGGGCGAUGGGAACCAGGAGGACACAUCGACUCCUUUCUCCCGCUUGUCCCGCCUCUGGGACUGGGACAUUGUUUCCCCCAGGCCUCAUUUGGGGGCCUCGGCAUCAGACGAAGAAGAAAACGAGAAGAAGGCGCUCAAGAAGAGGUCCCACUCAGACUGGGACAACCACAUCUCUCUCCUGGACUCCGCUGGAGUUGCGUCAGAGAUCGAUGCCGUGGGAGGGUUCUACACACACAGGAGCUACCAGUCCCUCCUCGACGACCCCAACCAUCUCACCUUCCGCUCGCAUGCUUCCAAGGGUGAGGACACAGGCCGAGUCUCGCAGCCCUCGGAGUACUCGAGCAUCUACUACACCCCCGAUGAUCAGGAUGCAGACUUUCUCACCGUAGACUGGGCCUACUACGCCGAGAAGGACAGGGAGAGGAAGCGCAAGGUGGAGAAACUGAACCAGGAGCUACCUGAGGGUCAGCAGGUCCUGGCUAGGGCAUGGGAUGGGCUGCAGACGUGGAUCGCCCUGCUGCUAAUCGGCUUCUUCACUGGAGCCGUCGCGGCAGUGGUGGGGAUAGGGGUGGACCUGUUCACUGACUUGAGGUUCGGGUUCUGCGAGGGGAGGGGGUUCUGGAUAAGCAGGGAAAUGUGCUGUAAGGAGGUUAGGGUGGGGGCAGCGUGCGAGAACUGGAGGGACUGGCACUCGAUGCUGAGCAACGUGAGCAGCGGGGGGAGGAGGUGGAUCGAGUUCGGGAGCUACUCGCUCGUAUCGGUCCUCCAGGCCUCCUUUGCUGCCUGGUUGUGCGUGACUUUUGCUCCUUAUGCGGCAGGAAGCGGGAUCAGUGAGAUCAAAGUGGUGCUGGGAGGGUUUGUGAUCAAGAAGCUUCUCGGGGGUUGGACUCUGAUCGUCAAGAGCAUGGGCUUGAUGCUGGCGGUCGGGGCGGGGAUGAUGGUGGGCAAGGAAGGACCGUGCGUGCACUUGGGAUGCUGCAUGGCCAACCUGAUCUCUCGUCUAUUCUCAAAGUACCGGGGAAAUGAGGGGAAGAAGCGCGAGCUCAUGUCGAGUGCGGCAGCAGCGGGAGUUGCAGUUGCGUUCGGGGCUCCGGUAGGAGGCGUCCUCUUCUCGCUGGAGGAGGUGUCGAGCUACUUCCCUCCUCACAUCAUGUGGCGAUCAAUCUUCUGCGCCAUAGUGGCAGCCAUGAGUCUGAACCAGCUCUAUCCUCUUCCCUUCGGAAAGCACGUCAUGUUUGAAGUCACCUUCCAUCACGAGUGGCAGCUGCUCGAGAUCGUUCCCUUCGCUCUUGUUGGAGCUCUUGGCGGGCUGAUUGGAGCAUUCUUCGUGCGCUGUAAUACGCAGAUAUGUGCAGCACGGAAAACAUCAGCGAUAAAGAGGUUGGAAGAGAGUUGA